CUGUGUUAUUCUGUAUUCAGAGACAUGAAGAACAAAUUCAGCUGCAAACAACAAACCAGUUCAGAUCUGUGGUGAUGGCCUGCUGCUGAUUGCUGGCCUCCAGGCAUGUAAGGUACUCUGGGCUCGAGGUGGCUGGAUAAAAGAUGACUUUACUGGCUGGUGAUGGCUCCGACUAUGAUUACAGUGCCUUGAGCUGCGUCUCCGACACAUCCCUGAACCCGCCACCUAUCCAUGAGUGUGAGACCCUUAAGGGUGUUUACUACAAACGUGCCCGCUGUCUUGCAAAGGAUCCUCACCCUGAUGGCAUUCUCUCACCUGCUGUCCAGCGCUUAAAUGCCAUCAUCAAUGUUGGUGGCCUUCGCUACCAGUUGCCAUGGAGCACGCUGGAAGACUUCCCAAUGUCGCGCUUGGGCCGCCUGAGGUUGUGCUCCAGCUUCGAUGAGAUAAUGUGUGUGUGCGAUGACUACGAUGUCGUACGCAAUGAGUUUUUCUUCGACCGCAGCCCGUGUGCCUUCCGCUCCAUUCUGACGUUCCUGCAGGCCGGCAAGCUGCGAGCAUUGAGAGAUACGUGUGUCCUGUCCUUUCAAGAAGAACUGCUCUACUGGGGCGUUCCUGAGGAAAAGCUGGAGUGGUGCUGCCGAAGGCGCCUGAUACAGCGCGUUGAGGAGCGUGACGAGCUUGAGAGAGAGGCCGAAGAGGACGAGGAGGAUGAGGAUGACGGGAGCGUUGGAGGAGGAAGGGAAGGAAAACUGGACAAAGAAUCUCGAAUGGGACACUGCAUGGCUAAACUAAGGGACAUGGUGGAGAGGCCACACUCAGGACUGCCUGGAAAGAUCUUUGCUUGUCUGUCGGUGCUCUUUGUCACAAUCACAGCUGUCAAUUUGUCCAUAAGCACCAUGCCUGCCAUGAGGGAAGAGGAAGAGGCUGGCAAGUGCUCCCAGAUGUGCUACAACAUCUUCAUCGUGGAGACAGUGUGUGUGGCAUGGUUUUCACUGGAGUUCACACUGCGCUUCAUUCAGGAUCGCAGUAAGCUGGCCUUCCUCCGACGCCCGCUCAAUCUGAUCGACGUGGUGGCUAUCUUGCCCUACUACAUCACCCUGGCUGUAGAUGGCACCUCUUCAGGCUCCGGUAAUAGUUAUCUGGACAAAGUAGGGCUUGUCCUUCGCAUCCUGCGUGCCCUGCGCAUCCUCUACGUGAUGCGCCUAGCCAGGCAUUCACUCGGACUCCAGACGCUGGGACUCACGGCACGCCGGUGCACGCGCGAGUUCGGCCUGCUGCUGCUUUUUCUGUGUGUAGCCAUCGCGCUCUUCUCUCCACUCCUGUACCUUAUUGAGAACGAGGUGGCUUCCACAAAGGAGUUCAGCAGCAUUCCAGCGACAUACUGGUGGGCUGUGAUCACCAUGACUACUGUGGGCUAUGGUGACAUGGUGCCUCGCAGCAUCCCAGGCCAGGUGGUGGCGCUCAGCAGCAUACUGAGCGGAAUCCUGCUCAUGGCUUUCCCGGUGACAUCCAUCUUCCACACGUUCUCACGUUCUUAUGUGGAGCUGAAGCAGGAGCAGCAGCGUCUGUUGCAGAGAAGGGCUCACUUUUUAUUGCGAGGUCGCAUGGCGGGCCUGGGCAGCAAUGCCUCGCUUGAGAGCGACAUACUCUUCCCCAGUGCUUCGUCCGAUCUAGGAGAACACGAUGACUGA